GCCCCGGAGCCCCGCCGCGCUCACCUCUGCAGGCCCGCUGCUCGCCCGCCCUCCGGCUCUCGCCAUGGCCCCCGCCGAGAUCCUCAGCGGCAAGAUUGUCUCCGGACAAGUGAGAGAGAGACUAAAGCAGCAAGUUGUUGAGAUGACUCAGAAAUUUCCAGGCUUCAGACCAGGACUUGCCAUUUUACAGGUUGGAAAUCGGGAUGAUUCAAACCUCUACAUUCAGAUGAAGCUGAAGGCUGCUGCUGAGAUUGGGAUCAGUGCCAAUCACAUAAAAUUGCCAAACACAGCAACAGAAGCUGAUGUGCUCAAGUGCAUUGCCUCUUUGAAUGCAGACCCAGCUGUUCAUGGCUUUAUAGUGCAGCUGCCACUUGACUCUGAUAAUCCCAUCAACACAGAAAAAAUAACCAAUGCUGUUGCACCUGAGAAGGACGUGGAUGGCUUAAGUAGCAUCAAUGCUGGGAAACUCUCUAGAGGGGACCUUGGAGACUGCUUUAUUCCGUGUACGCCAAAGGGAUGCAUGGAGCUCAUCAGGCAGACAGGUGUCCAGGUGGCAGGGAAGAGAGCCGUGGUGAUCGGCCGCAGUAAGAUCGUGGGGGCUCCCAUGCACGACCUGCUGCUCUGGAACAACGCAACAGUCACCACCUGCCAUUCCAAGACCUCCACCCUGGCUGAGGAGGUUGGCAAAGCUGACAUCCUGGUGGUUGCAGCUGGUAGAGCUGAAAUGGUGAAAGGUGAAUGGAUCAAGCCUGGUGCCAUCGUGAUAGACUGUGGAAUUAACCAUGUGCCAGACAGCACAAAGGCCAGUGGAAAAAGAGUUGUGGGAGAUGUGGCAUACAAUUCAGCAAAGGAAAAGGCUUCCUUCAUCACCCCAGUUCCUGGUGGUGUUGGGCCCAUGACUGUGGCCAUGCUAAUGCAGAGCACUGUGGAGAGUGCACAGCGUUUUCUGGAGAAGUUCCAGCCUGGAAAAUGGACCAUCCAAUACAACCAGCUUACCCUAAAGGUGCCUGUUCCAAGUGAUAUUGAAAUCUCCAAGUCCUGCAUGCCCAAGCCCAUUGAACAAGUUGCAAAGGAAGUUGGCCUUUUCCCUGAUGAGGUGGAGCUCUAUGGCCAGACCAAAGCCAAGGUCCAGCUCUCAGUGCUGAAACGCCUGCAGAACCAGCCCGAUGGCAAAUACGUCGUUGUGACUGGAAUAACUCCUACUCCCCUGGGAGAGGGGAAGAGCACCACCACUGUUGGCCUUGUCCAAGCCUUAGGAGCCCACCUUCACCAGAAUGUCUUUGCCUGUGUUCGGCAGCCUUCUCAGGGGCCAACUUUUGGCAUAAAAGGUGGAGCUGCAGGUGGUGGCUAUUGUCAAGUUGUCCCAAUGGAAGAGUUUAACCUUCACCUCACUGGUGACAUCCAUGCCAUCACUGCAGCCAACAACCUGGUCGCUGCCGCCAUUGACGCGCGCAUGUUCCACGAGCUGACUCAGUCUGACCAGGCUCUCUACAACCGUUUGGUGCCGUCUGUCAGUGGUGUCAGGAAGUUCUCAGACAUUCAGAUCCGAAGGCUGCAGAAACUGGGCAUUAACAAAACGGAUCCUAUGGCUUUGACAAAGGAAGAAAUAAAUGCAUUUGUGAGACUGGACAUUGACCCAGGCACCAUAACAUGGCAAAGAGUACUGGAUACAAAUGACAGAUUCCUUAGGAAAAUCACCAUUGGACAGUCUGCAACAGAGAAAGGCUUCUCACGGACGGCUCAGUUUGACAUCACAGUGAGCAGUGAAAUCAUGGCAGUCCUAGCCCUGGCUGAUGGGUUGGAUGAUAUGAAAAAGCGAUUUGGCAGAAUGGUGGUAGCUUCCAGCAAAAAAGGACAACCAGUUACAGCUGAUGACCUUGGAGUAACUGGAGCUCUGGCUGUCUUGAUGAAAGAUACUGUUAAACCAAACCUCAUGCAGACACUAGAGGGAACACCAGUGUUUGUUCAUGCUGGACCUUUUGCCAAUAUUGCACAUGGGAAUUCCUCUGUGUUGGCAGACAAAAUAGCAUUGAAGCUUGUGGGCAAAGAUGGUUUUGUUGUUACAGAAGCAGGAUUUGGUGCAGACAUAGGCAUGGAGAAAUUCUUCAACAUCAAGUGCCGCUAUUCUGGUCUCCGGCCUCACGUGGUGGUGUUGGUCGCCACUGUCCGAGCUCUGAAAAUGCACGGGGGAGGACCUGCAGUCACUGCUGGGGUACCUUUGCCAAAGGAAUACACAGAAGAGAAUCUUCAGCUGGUGGCAAAAGGCUGCAGCAACCUCAACAAGCAAAUCCAGAACGCGCGGAUGUUUGGUGUCCCGGUGGUCGUGGCUGUCAAUGCCUUCAAGACAGAUACAAAGGCUGAGCUGGCCCUUGUAGUCCAACAUGCAAAGGAGGCAGGAGCAUUCGAUGCUGUGGAGUGCAGUCACUGGGCAGAGGGAGGGAAAGGAGCCCUGGCCCUGGCCCGAGCUGUUCAGAGAGCAUCCCAGGCACCCAACAACUUCAGGUUCCUCUAUAAUGUGGAGCUACCUAUUGUAGACAAGAUCAGGCUUAUUGCCCAACAGGUCUAUGGGGCAAGAGACAUUGAGCUACUUCCAGAAGCACAGGAGAAAGUUGCCCUGUACACCAAGCAGGGAUUUGGAAACCUGCCAAUCUGCAUGGCUAAGACUCAUUUGUCAUUGUCUCAUGACCCUGAACAAAAAGGAGCACCUACAGGUUUUGUUCUGCCAAUCCGAGACGUUCGGGCCAGCGUUGGGGCUGGGUUCUUGUAUCCCCUGGUGGGAACGAUGAGCACUAUGCCAGGACUCCCUACAAGACCCUGCUUCUAUGAUAUAGACCUGGACCCAGUGUCAGGAGAAGUAAAUGGGCUCUUCUGAAAGGAAUGAUUAAGCUCCCAGAAGAACACCUGAUGAGUCAUGUAAAUGGAACUGUGCUCUGAUCUUUUUUAAAGUCAGAAUAAGACAUCAGUGAGAAUAUAGUGCAAGAAGUGACUGUAAGGAGGAGUACUGAAGAAUCAACCAGUAACUUUUAAUCUGUAAUAAUUUUUAAACUACUGCCUUCCAAGAUAGUUGACACUGAGCAUAUAAAGCAAACUUCCUCUGCAAACCUCCCUCUUCAUGAUUGUAGCUGAAGCAGAAUACAGAAGCUUGGCUUUAAUGACCUCUUUUGAUUCAGUGACAUGAUUUUAAUAAUUAAAAAUCCUAAAGCUGGAGCUGUUUGAAACAAUCUUGGGACUUUAAUUGUCUUAACCAUCAGGGUUUUGCACAUGUAUUAUCUUUAGAAGUCUUGCUGGCUGCAGUUUCCCCUUUGUGGAAUCCUCUGUUCCUGUUCUCACCACGGGAGAGCUGCUGUGCCCUGGCACUGCUCCAGUGUCACUUCAGAGGAGCAGGGAGGAUCCCCUUUGCUCCCCAGGGCUCUCCACAAGUGCUUCCCCUGCCUUCUGCUGGGAGCUUCUCCUGCAGGCACCUGAGCCACAUCAGAGACAGCCCAAGCCCAGCUGUGACUGCUGUGCUCUUCUCUUCAUGGAAUGAAAGCUCUGCAGAGCAGAUCUGGAAGGACUGGCCCAUAUCUGUGGCUUCUGCCAAAUGUGUCCUUGGAACCAUUUCCUGCUCAACCAUAAGUGCAGUUACACCAUUGACAGGCCUUGUUUCACAUGGUACCUUUCUGAUCAAUAGAGAAUGUGAAUAGUGAUCAAGUGAUUUGUAGCAGGUUUUAUCAGCAGGCCAAAAAUCAUUUUGUAACAUGAAGAUAGCAUUGCUGCCAAUUUUUUAACUAAUACAAAUAAACUGGCAAAUACUUCAAGUGCUUUUUGGGUUUUAAUGUAUGCACUGAGAUUACUGAAUUAGGAUUUAUUUCUGUGAUUAACUACACACAACAGCAAUCAUUGUAUUGACAUGUAGGAGUGAUUAUUGCAGUAAUAAGUAGCCUGCAAUGCACCAGGGUGUAUGUGUUUUAAUCUGGUUUCCUUCCCUGGAUGAUGUAUGUUGUCUGUAGGAAAUAAACUACCUGAAUUAUUCUGUGAA